AUGACCGAGUGCUUCCUGCCGCCCAGCAGCAGCCCUGCUGAGCAGCGGCGGGCCGAGCACCCGGGCGGUGUGGCGCGCACCCCCAGCUCCGAGGAGAUCAGCCCCACCAAGUUUCCCGGAUUGUACCGUACCGGUGACCCAUCGCCGCCGCAUGAUGGCCUCCACCAUGAGGCUCCUGACGCUUAUGUCUCAGACGAUGACAAAGAGCACAGCAAGAAGAAGAACAAGUUCAAGAAGAAGGAAAAACGUACGGAAGGAUACGCUGCCUUCCAGGAGGACAGCUCAGCUGAUGAGGCCGAGAGCCCGUCCAAGAUGAAGCGCUCCAAGGGCAUCCAUGUGUUCAAGAAGCCCAGCUUCUCCAAGAAGAAGGAGAAGGACUUUAAAGUGAAAGAGAAAGGCCCUAAGGAGGCCAAAGAUAAGAAGUCCAAGGACCUGACAGCCGCCGACGUGGUCAAGCAGUGGAAAGAGAAGAAGAAGAAGAAAAAGCCCACCGCUGCUGCCGCUCCCACCGCUGAAGUGGAGACGCUGCCGGCAGAGACACCUGCCUUUAGGCCUAUCUUUGGUGCCCCCCUGGCGGAGGCAGUGAAGCGGACUGCGCUGUAUGAUGGAAUCCAGCUGCCCGCUAUCUUUAGAGAGUGUGUGGAUUACAUCGAGAACUACGGCAUGAAGUGUGAAGGCAUCUACCGCGUCUCAGGUAUGAAGUCCAAAGUAGAUGAGCUGAAGGCAGCGUACGACCGCGAAGAGUGCCCGUGCCUGGAAGAGUACGAUCCUCACACGGUGGCCAGCCUGCUUAAGCAAUACCUGCGCGAGCUUCCUGACAAUCUGCUGGGCCGAGACCUUGUGCAGCGGUUAGAGGAUGCGUGUGGCCGGCAGGCGGAGGCCGACAAGGUGAGCGAGUUCCAGCGGCUUCUGGCCGAGGCGCCUCCAGAGAGUCACCUCCUGCUUAGCUGGCUGGUCACGCACAUGGACCACGUCAUCGCCAGGGAGACUGACACUAAGAUGAACAUCCAGAACAUCUCCAUUGUUCUCAACCCCACCAUUCAGAUCGGAAACCGUGUCCUAUAUAUGUUCUUUACGCACGUAAAAGAAUUGUUUGGUGACGUGGUUCUGAGGCAGGCCGUGCGCCCGCUCCGUUGGUCCAACAUGGCGACCAUGCCGGCACUGCCCGAGACUCAGGACAGCAUCAAAGAGGAGAUCAGGCGACAGGAGUUCCUACUCAACUGUCUGCACAGGGAUCUGCAGGCAGGUGUGAAGGACUUAUCCAAAGAGGAGCGCCUAUGGGAAGUUCAGCGAAUCCUUACUGCUCUCAAGCGAAAGCUGAGGGAGGCCAAGCGACAAGAAUGCGAGACAAAGAUCGCCCAGGAGAUCGCCAGUCUUUCCAAGGAGGACGUUUCCAAAGAGGAGAUGACCGAGAAUGAGGAGGAAGUAGUUAAUCUGUUAAUGGCACAGGAAAACGAGAUCCUUACUGAGCAGGAGGAGUUGAUCUCUCUGGAGCAAGUGUUGCGCCGACAGAUUGCUGCAGAGAAGGAGGAGAUCGAGAGGCUGCGGGCGGAGAUUGCAGACAUCCAAAGCCGUCAGCAGGGUCGCAGUGAGACCGAAGAGUAUUCAUCCGAGAGUGAGAGUGAAAGCGAGGAUGAGGAAGAGUUGCAGAUGAUCCUCGAGGACCUUCAGAAGCAAAAUGAGGAGCUUGAGAACAAGAACACCCAUCUGAACCAGGCCAUUCACGAAGAACAGGAGGCUAUCUUGGAGCUACGUGUCCAGCUACGACUACUACAGAGCAACAUGCUACAGCAUGAGCUCGCCACUCAGCCAGCACCUGCUCCGUCAACUGAGCAGGCCCUGCCAACACAGCCCAGCCCAGAAGUGAGAGGUGGAAGUGAGGAGCAGGCAAAGGGCACCGAAAGCAACAGCAGCAGUACCGUUGCUGCUCCUUCUGCCGCAGCUCCCGUUGGAAAGACAGUGAAGGAUCCUCCGAAGCCGUCGCCCAGCAAAGAAAAGCGGGACGGCAACAUGUGA